CUAAUCCUCUUCCUAUAUCUUUUUCCCUUUCCCUUCCUAUCUUUUUCAUCCUCCUUUGUUUACUUUUCUCACUUUCUCGUCAAUGUAACAAUUACAACGUUGUCAUGAUUCAAACUAAUCGAUUAUAAAUUGACACAUCAAGAAAAGUGAUGUGAGGCUUCUUUUGCCUUCUUCCUUGAUUUUUUCAUCUUAAAUUAGUCAUCUUAAUUUUAUGAUUAUAAAUUUUCAUCACACUCUUACUAAUCUUAUUUUUCAGUGAUUCAAACUAGUCUAUGUAACAUUUAUCUUGAAUUUAAAAAAUUAAGAUAUGAUCAUGAAUUGUAAUGUUAAAUAAAAGUAAAUUAUUUUCUUUUUUUAUCUUAAUUGGUUUUAUAUGUUCUAAGCAUGCAACUUCAACAUCAGAUAAAAAGAACCAAGAACAUUUUCAAAAAUGGAGUGCUUGAGGGGGAGGAAGCCCGCAUAACACCGGUUGGUGCAAGGCAGGACUUUCCUUUCAAGUCCCCUCGUGGGUUAAUAGUUCAACGUCGGGAGAUAGCACGCAAUGGCGACGAUGUUUCUUUUUUCACCACACGGGGGAAACGUCGGAGAAAGACCCCACAGCCUAAAUCCCCCACUUCAAGGGAGGGUAGAGUUUAGGGUUUGAGUUUAGCGUGCCUCUCCCGACCCCACACCCCCAAGUUAGAUGAAUCUCCGCCUUUGUGCCACUAUAAGGCUUUAAAACUGGGUAUUCUUAAUCGAUGUGGGACUUGUAUCAACCGACGCCUUUAACAGCUCCAAGCCCGGAGUUUGCUUUGCCGAGCAGCAUCUUGUUCAGUCUAGCUCUAGUGUCUCCCCCUGAUGUGCAUUACAUGUGCAAGUUAUUGAGUCUGUGAAGUGUAUAGCUUUGUUAGAUCGGGUGAGCUGAGGAUGUACAGAGUUUCUUGUUCAGUUCUAGCUCUAGUGUCUCCCCCUGAUGUGCAUUACAUGUGCGAGUUAUCAAGUCCGUGAAGUGUACAGCUUUGUUACAUCAGGUGACCAGAGGAUGCACAGAGUUUGUUUGAUGAAAUGUCUGGCUAAGAUUUGACAUCGUGGGAUUCUUUAAUUUCAGUAUUUUUCACUUGGGGGCCGGGGGCCAUACAAGCAAAAAUGCUACGAUAUGUUCUGUAGAAAGAGAUUUGAAAUGGGUAUGCAGCCAAACUGUCAUCGCAGAAUUUGGUUUCAUGGAAUUCAAUAAUUGCAGUCUAGAAUU